AAGCAACUAACCGGGUCAUCUAAGGUUAUCAGAAACCUAGAGAUUACAUCAAAACAGAGUCGGAAAGGAGCUCAAGUCUGACGGUGGAUCAUAGAUAAAAAGGAAACUGCUCCAGUUAGGUACAGUUUCAGUUAACUGCUGGUAUAGAAAACACGCAAGUGAUGUAUAUGCUCUUGUUGACCGUUGUGUCAACAGCCUGGUCGGUAUCAGCACAAUCCGGGUCCCCACUGACGGUUGUUCGAUCAUGGGACGGGGGUUGUCAGGGAACAUUCACUGUUCACGCGGACAACGCUGUGUCUGGAUGGACGUGUACUCUCACAUUUACGGAUCCAAUUGAUAAGCUCGAUGUCUGGAAGGCGACUGUAUCGUCCAGUAGCGGGCAAGAAUAUACAGUAGCGAACAUGCCAUGGGAUAAGGACCUAACAUCAGGACAAGAUCUCCUGGUUGAGUAUAAUGGCCACCAGAGCGGCGAUAAAGGCUGUAGCGGAACCUAUACUUGCUCGAGUGGAUCUGCUGGCACUAGUACUAGCACUGGCACUGGCACAGGUACUGGUACUGGUACUGGCACAGGUACUGGCACUGGCACUGGCACUGGCACAGACACUGGCACUGGCACCGGAACUGGAACUGGAACUGGAACAUCUACCGGAACAGGAACUUCAACAGGAUCAUCAAAUACUAAAUACAACUAUAACGAAGCCUUGAAACUGUCUAUUCUAUUCUACGACGCUCAGAGAUCAGGCAGGCUGCCUGCAAACAACCCAAUCCCAUGGCGUCAAGAUUCUGCAGUUAAUGACGGCGCCGACGGACAUGACCUCAGCGGAGGAUGGUAUGAUGCUGGAGACCAUGUUAAGUUCAAUCUUCCCAUGGCCUGGUCAACAUGGGUGUUAUUGUACGGUAUGCUGGAGUUCAAGGACGGCUACGAGGCAGCAGGGCAGAAAGACAUGGCUUGUGAUAUGAUCAGAACACCUCUAGAAUACUUUCUAAAAUGUUGGAUACCCGAUCAGCAGACUCUCUAUGUGCAGGUUGGAGAUGGUCACCAAGAUCACAGCUUCUGGGGUCGACCAGAGAACAUGAAUAUGAACCGUCCAGCUUUCAAAGUGACCACCUCGUGCCACGGAAGUGACGUAGCUGCUGACACCGCCGCAGCAAUGGCGGCCGGAUAUCUCGCAUUUAAAGACAUGUGCGGUGACGCUGCUUUCGCCGGGAAACUUCUUGCGGCAGCGAAGAGCUUGUACACAUUUGCAAAGAACAACAGAGGAAAAUACACUGACUGCGUCACACAGGCCAAGGAUUUCUAUGGAUCAACGGGUGAUGCCGACGAGCUAGCGGUCGCCGGAGCAUGGCUGUACAAAGCCACGAAUGACAAUGGUUACCUUAGUGACGCAAAGAGCUUUUAUCCCGCCGGUACAGCGUGGAGCUUUAAUUGGAACGACGCCAAUGUCGGUGCUGCGCUUUUGUUAUACGGUAUUACCAAAGAUGCCAAAUACAAGACAGAUAUUGAUGGUCUUGUCCGUUCAUUUAUGCCCGGUGGUAGUGUAUCAAAUACCCCGUGUGGGUUGGCCUGGAGAGAUCAGUGGGGACCAAACAGGCACGCUGGUAAUGUGGCUUUUGUGGCAGCGAUUGCGGCUAAACUGGGUCUGAGCCCUGACGAGUACAAGAAAUGGGCGUUGUCACAAAUUAACUACCUACUAGGUGAUAACAAAUUACAUAUCAGCUACGAAAUUGGCUUUGGGGGCAAAUACCCUCAACAUCCGCAUCAUAGAGGAAGCUCAUGCAGUACGACCACCACUCAGUGUGAUAUCAAUGACGGAGGGCCGAACCCGAACGUACUGAAGGGUGGUUUAGUUGGAGGCCCUGAUCAAGGGGAUAACUAUGACGAUAGGAGAAAUGAUUAUAUAAAGAACGAAGUUGCGUGUGACUAUAACGCUGGGUUCCAGUCUGCGUUAGCAGGUUUAGCAAGUUUUGCAGCUAAUGGCAAUCUCCCAGCAUCACCUGCGGCCAAGUGCUAAUUUCACUAUUUGAUAUUUUUGUCUGUAAAAUGGCGUUGCAAUGUUUAUGUUGAUACAGAAAUAAAUAAAUUUUAACGUUGAA